AUGGCUCAUCUUCCUCUUCUCUUCUCCUUCUCCUCCAUUAUUUGUCUCCUAUCAUUAACUGCAUCAGCCACCACCACCACCCAAACUACCUCAACAUUGGGAAAAGACCAAGUUCCAAGCAUAAUGUGCAAUGAGUGCAAGCUUCCACCUCCACCCCCUAUCCGACCCCCAGAAAAAAAAUGUCCACCGCCACCCUCACCUCCGCCGCCACCCUCACCUCCACCGCCACCCUCACCUCCACCCCCGCUACCGCCAUCACCUCCACCACCUGUUGUUGAAUGCCCACCACCGCCAUUACCUUUACCACCGGUUGUUGAAUGCCCACCGCCGCCACCGCCAAGGCCACCGUGUGGAGACGGAGUUAUUCACUGCUUGCUACCUCCUGUACUGGGGACACCAGACGAACCGAACUACUUAUUGCCGCCGCAUAUUCCGUACCCUCCGUUAACUUCAGAUCUUGACUACAUUGUCAACGGUGCAAAGAUGAUACGUUUUUCGAACCCUAAUUAUUUCUCUUUGCAAUCCUUCAUUUUUCUCAUCCUUCUUUGCCUUCCCUAUUACUUGUUUAUCUGA